AUGGAACAAACGCAAGAGAAGAAGUUUGUUUGCAAGUUUUGCAACAAGAGGUAUCCAUGUGGGAAGUCCUUAGGUGGUCACAUAAGGACUCAUAUGAACAAUGAUAAUCGUGGUGAAUCAGAGGCAGCAGCACCAUCAUCACCAGCUGAACUGAUCUCAAUAAACAAGCUUCUCUCCAAUGGAAGAAUCGUCAAGAGAGUUGCAGAAGUUGAAUCAACUGAAGUUGAUGGCCAAUCUGCAGCUUAUGGUCUGAGAGAGAACCCCAAGAAGACCAAGAGGUUUUCUGAUUCAGGCAGUGCUUCAUUGCUCAAGGAGAUGAUUUGCAAAGAAUGUGGUAAGUGUUUCCAUUCAUUGAAAGCUCUUUGUGGCCACAUGGCUUGCCAUUCAGAGAAAGAGAGGGUUUUUUGUGAGAAACAGAAGCUAAUAAUGGAUAGUCAGUCAGACACUGAGACAUCAUCAACUCCAAGUAAAAGGAGGAGAUCCAAAAGAAUAAGGUACAAAGCAAAUGGUGUUUAUUCUAACAACUCAGUUUCAAUGGCAAAUGGUUCUUCAUCUGUGUCAGAGAUUGAGCAAGAACAGGAAGAGGUGGCAAUGUGCUUGAUGAUGCUUUCAAGGGAUUCUGCAGGCUGUUAUAAGAAAGGAUUGAAUUCAAUUGCUGACUCUUCAGAUAACAACUCUGUCAUUUUGGAAGCCAAAUCAUCCUCCAUUGAUGUGAGGAUUACUAUUAACAAUGGUGAGUUCUUGAAGAUGAAGAAACAAAGGGACAACAAGUUGCAACCUGCUGAGUCUGGUCCUUCUUCUGAGAGUUCAGGUUCUUUGUAUUUCAGGGAUGGGCCCAAGAAAGUGGAACCAGAUACUUAUGCAUCUGGUUUUGAGGACUUCGAUUCAAAAUAUGGGAAGGGUUUGAAUAAAUUCAAGAGUUUGAACACUGAAUUCCCGAAGGAUAAUAACCAAGCAACAAAUAGAGCUUUGAACAAGUAUGAUUUGAGAAGAUCAAACCCCAAGAAUGAUUAUUACAACCAUGAAGUUCUCUGCAACAAUGCUCCAAAAGCAAGCAAAUAUGAGUGUUUGACUUGCAACAAGGCCUUUGAUUCCCACCGGGCACUUGGGGGACAUCGAGCUAACCAUACAAAGGUCAAUGACUACAACGAAGAUAGCUUAGCGAAUGAUGGUUUCAUUGUUCCAACGACUGAUAACAAAGUGACCAAGUCAUCACAUGGCAAAACCCUAAAUACUCAUCGUGGCUCUUCCUCUGGUAAUGCUGAGAAAAGAUUGGGAUCAAAGAAAAACAAGGGGCAUCAGUGCCCAUUUUGCUUCAGGGUUUUCAAGUCAGGCCAAGCUUUGGGUGGUCAUAAAAGGUCCCAUUUUGUUGGAGGUUCAGAAGAUAGAACAUUGGUGAUCAAGCAAAACUCACCAGAGAUGCCCACUGCCACUAUAAUUGAUCUUAACCUUCCAGCUCCUGUUGAGGAUGAUGGAAUGGGUAAUGUUGGAUUCAUGCCAUGGGAGAUUUAA